UGGCUAUGUACUCCUGUGAAUGGUGGCCCCUAUGCUCAAACCCCGAGAGUGCAUAGGGUGGGGCCAGAAAAGAAAACAAGUACAAAGACGCAACAUCCCCUUGCGUUUGACGGCGCGGCUUUUACACAGGCAACAACUCGAGGUGCACGCUCCGAUUAUUCAGUAUGGCAACCUGCUACGGACGCGACGGCAGACCCGACCCCAAAUUCCUACCCUGCAACCAAACCGCCAUCCUCGAGCAGAAACACACAUCUUGUUGCAAGGAAGACGAGAGAUGCUUCACAAACGGGCUGUGUCGGCAUAAAGCCCUGGGAACGGACACGAAUUACUACUGGCUAGAGGCCUGCACAGAUCCCACAUUCAAAGACCCAGCGUGCCCACCAUGGGAUCCUUGUCGUCACGCGGACAAUCUGUAUUGGAAAUGUCUCGACUCAAAAGCAUGGUGCUGCAACAACGGAGGCCCAUCUGAAGUCCAAAUGAGAACUGGACACAUCAACACGACAUGCUGCAACAUGACCGAAUUCAUGUUUCAAGCUGCAGAUCCAGUUGUAUAUGCAACCGCUGUGCAGAUGAGACUUCCAAUAAGUACACUCCUAUCGAGCUCCGAGACCGCGUUAGAUCAGUCGUCGAUUUCAACAUCAACAUCAGCCCCCGCCACGAGUGUACAGCCGACAACUUCGACACCUUCCAUAACGACUCCGAUAAUUGAUGGAUCUUCUCAGCAAAAUUUAACCUCGUCUUCAUCAGGUUCUUCCAAUAAUAUUAAAGUUGGUGUUGGGGUAGGCGUUGGCCUCGGAGUUUGCGUUGUCGCCUUGUCUGCGGUUCUGUUUGUUAUGCUAAAGAGAAAGAGACCCCAAAGGAAUGAGUUGAAAGGUCACAAAAUCGCCGAGAUGCACUCGCAGAGUGCAAUGUAUGAGCUACAUGGUAACGAGGUCACCGCCGAAGUGAUGUCGGAGAAGACGAGAUACGAGAUGAGAGCUUGAAUGUGCGUACGCUGUUUGGACUUGCACUGAUACCGAUACAUCAAAUACUACCAGCAUGAGAGUGAGCGUACUACCGCUGGUUCUGUGCUGCCUC